AUGUACCUACCAUUUACAAAAAUGGAGGUGCAAAACAUGGAAGCCUUCAUUCAAGAGAUCAAUACAGUGUUUCGGCAACGAUCAAGAUCCUCUCGAAGUCGAGUGUCCAAGACAAUGUGUGAAAAUGCACGACAGGCGUUCCGUUACGCAAGCUUCUUGCCCUUCCAGCCACUUGAAGAGCAGAAGGUCAAUUCUUGGGACGGUCAGGUCUAUCAGUACUACGAGAGCUUCCGCAAGCUCAGGUUGGACAAGGCUAAGAUGAACACGCUGAGAAGCAAGGCUCGGCUAAAAGAAAAGCAGUGA